CCCAUCUGAAGGACUCCACAUGGCCAGAUCUUGUAUAAGUAUUCUGUCCUGCAGACUUGAAUUGCUCAUGCCUAUGCCCUUUCGACUGAGUAGAACAAGACUACGCUGAUGUUAUCAUUGCCUAUCCGAGACAAACAAAAUGGGCUCUGGUGGCGAACAGCUUGAAUACGACUUCAUUAUCUGCGGCGGAGGAACAUCUGGCUGCGUGAUAGCGGGCAGACUUGCGGAAUGCCAGAAUGUCAACGUACUAGUAAUUGAAGCAGGCCAGCAUAAUGAGAACCUUGAAAAUACCCAGAUGGCCGGAGGAUGGUCGCAGUUGUUCGACAAAGAGACUGACUGGAACAUUGUUUGUGAGAGAGGAUAUGGGAUCGACGACCGCCAAGUAAAAUUAAGUAGAGGCAAGUUUCUUGGUGGUUGCUCAGGCUGCAACGGCACGCUUUGCAUUCGAGGUUCAAAGCAAGAUUUUGAUGACUGGGGACUGGAAGGUUGGAGUGGCGAAGAAUUUUUUGGUUACAUGCAAAAGUCUGAAACAUUCCAUUCAAAGCCAUGGCUCAAGUCCUCAUCAAAGUUACAUGGAUAUGACGGUCCGCUUCAUAUCGAACCGCACGACCUGGCACCUAUAUCGGAACGCGUACUAGAAUCCAUGAUAUCUAAGGGGAUGCCCCUAGACGACGACAUGUUCACUCAUGGAGAGAAUCCACACGGAUGCGGCCAUGUGCUUAGAACAGUUCAUCAGGGUGUUCGUACAACCGGGGCAGAUUUCAUUACCAACAACCGCGCCAAAGGCAAUAUCACCAUUCUGGUAGAAACACACGUCGACAAGAUUAUGUUCGAGCGCAGCCCGUCCGGAGAGCUGCGCGCAACCGGUGUCAAGGUUAUCAAGCCAGACGGCUCACCAGCCGAGAUCGCUGCCUCAAAGGAAGUCAUUAUUAGCGGCGGAACCUAUUGUAGUCCAAACAUACUAAAUCGUUCAGGUCUUGGAAGCAAAGAAGAACUCGAGCGACUGGGGAUUGAAGUGUUGAUCGACUUGCCUGGCGUUGGCCAGAACCUGAUGGACCACUUGAUCGUGUUCAUGUUCUACGAAACUGAGCAGGAAGGGCUCACAAAUGAUCGUCUUGCAUAUCAUGGCGACGGGCUUGCUAAUUCCUACAAGAUGUGGAAGGAUACCAAGACAGGAUUUCUUGCGACAUUCCCAUUUGGAGCAUUCGCUUUCGCCCGACUCGACGAUCGCCUCGCUGAUUCUGAAUUGUGGAACUCUGCGCCAAGGCAACCGGGACGGGAUCCUAUGGGGUUGACGCCUCAACAGCCAAAUGUGGAGUUUUGGAAUACCGAAUGUUACGGAGGUCCAAGGCAGUACGACCAGUUCCCGAUCGACAAUAAGCAUGCAUUCAGCAUGAUUGCGGAGCUAUUCGCGCCCCGCUCCCGCGGCUCUGUGAAACUAAAGAACGCAGAUCCUCUUGUUGGACCGGAGGUUGACUGCGGAUAUCUCACCGAUCCAUUGGAUGUCGAGGUCCUCGCCGAAGCAUGCCGUUUCGGUAACGAGAUUAUCAUGAAUGGCAAAGGCACCAAAGACGUUGUGAAAGGAUCGUGGCCGCCGAACUUGGCCCACCACAAAUACACCUCUCGAGAGGAGUGGAUACCGUAUGUUCGCGAAAAUGCUACGACUUGCUAUCAUGCUUCAGGGACUUGCGCGAUGGGCAAGGCGGAUAAUCCGGCAGCUGUAGUAGACGAGAAGCUCCGCGUGAGGGGUGUCAAAGGCUUGCGAGUGGCCGAUUGCAGCAUCAUUCCAACUCUGCACGGCGGUCACACGCAAAUGCCAGCGUAUGGCAUUGGGGAGAAGUGCGCAGAUCUGAUCAAAUUGCAUUGGACGGACAUGGGCAUUGUGGUUUAACGCAAUGAUCAUGACGGCUUUCAGAUAUGAGUAACAUGGUGUUUGAGGAUAUUGUGGCAUAUCAAUGGUUGAAGUUCCGCAAGACGCGUUUAAUUGGAGUCAAUGUAAACAGCAUAGGAUUCUGCAAAUAUUUUAGGGCAUAGAAGGCUGGUUGGCGUUUCACGCUCUUCUCACUGCCCCCCGGAAGCGAGACCGAGAUCUCACUCCAGCUGCUCAUUCUAAAGCUUCUCCAUCUCCUCUUUAGCACAAGGGCAACCUACGAGUACUGUUAUACCAACGAUCUGCGCGUCCUCCUCAAUCUGCCCAACAUGUUCUUGUCACUGUGGCAUACCUACCUGCGCGUCCUGUAUCCGCUAUUGGCGC